UGUGUUAAGCAACAUUUUCUACAUACUGUAUAGACUUUUUAUUGAACGUUUUCAUAACUAUUUUUGGCUCCCUAGCUUUAAUUAACAUCCAUUCAUUAUUGGAACCGCUUAUCCGUUAUUUCGGGGUCGUCAAUCCUAUUUCUCGCGAGCGUUUCCUGAAUGUUUACCACCUGUCCUGUCAACACACCUGAUCCAAAUGACCAGGAUCGUGCUUGUUACCUGACCUUGAAUCAGGUGCGUUGCAGCAGGGAGGGGUGGAAAAAAAAUCCAGGAAACCAGCCCUCGAGGAACACGUGUGAAGACCCCUGUUUUAAUUUAGAACAUUUCUUUUUAUCCGAAUAAAAUAAGCUAACAUUUGUUAAUGUCACAAGAACUUUGCAAAAUACGAAAUUGAUAGCUAAAUAAAGAACGAAAUAAGCAUUUAGUAGGCUCGUGGAAAGAGCCAACGAGCUCCGAUUAAGGCGUUGGUCUGAUGUUGAUGGAUGGUUGCAGGUUUUGGGAGUUCCAUAAGAGGGCGCUGUUGAAUUUCGAAUGUAUUCAAGUCCUUACAUCGAGGUGACUCUUGAAGCACAUUCUUCGACUCCAGCGGCGGUUUCCAUGGCUACCGAGCAGCAUCAACGGACGCUCAAAUGUCAACAAUAACGAUUUAGCGAUCAACUCUCCUGAGGAGAUUAGAAACAAGUAAAAUUAACAAAUUCGAGGUGCUGUCGAGACGGACUAGAGGAUGAAAGGGAAGCAAACCGCAAAAUCAAAUUGAGUUGAGAACGUGUUCAUGACGCUUGUCGCUUUUGUCAGUGGAAGUUUUUGCCUUUGUGGUCCUGUCAGGCUCACUUUAAUGUCUUAAAAGGCGCGCACAACUAGAGAGGGACUUUAUGUCGGGGGUUUGCUUUCGUACAGCAAAUAUGUUUAAUCAUUAAAAUUUUUGAUCAGUACUCGGUCGGUUCCAUCUACACUACCAUCAUGACCGAGGUUCGCAUUCGCGUGGCCGUUCGGUUGCGUCCCCUCCUACCCAGGGAGCUCCUGCACGCACACCAGGAAUGUCUGCGUGUGGUCCCCGGCGCCCCGCAGGUUAUCCUCGGCUCCGACCAGCUCUUUUCCUUCGACCACGCCUUCGGGCCGACCGCUAGCCAAGGUGAAGUGUACGAGUCAUGCGUGCGGCCACUGACCAGAUGCCUGCUGGAAGGAAUCAACGCCACGGUCUUCUGCUACGGCCAGACCGGAUCCGGGAAGACCUACACGCUGGGUGGGAACAAAAUGGAUGCAGAGGGAGGUAUUAUCUCAUGCUUGGCCAAGGAUGUGUUCUCGCUGCUCGACAAGAGGAAACAGUGCGACGGCGGGGAAGUCACCAUGCGGGUGUCGUAUUUGGAGCUGUACAAGGAGGAGCUGCGUGACCUGCUGGAGCUCAGCACCUCCCACAAAGACCUUCAGAUCAGAGAUGACUUUAGGGGAAACACAGUGGUUGUGGGUGCCAAGGAAGUCGCGGUUUCCUCCUGUGAGGAGCUCCUCAACGUCUUGGAAGUGGGCAAUGCUUUGCGCCAAACGGGUGCUACCCGUAUGAAUGAGCACUCGAGCCGCUCGCACACCGUCCUCACGCUGUGGCUCCGCCAGCGACCACCCGCAGGGCCCGACAGGCCUGAGCGCCUCUCCAAGUUUUGCGUAGUGGACUUGGCCGGCUCGGAGCGCGUGGGUAAGACGGGUAACACAGGUGUCCGCUUUGAAGAGUCGGUGCACAUCAACACGGGCCUCUUGGCGUUGGGAAACGUCAUACGGGCCCUCUCCCAUCCCGGGCGGCAACGUAGUGCCUACGUUCCGUAUCGUCACGCUAAGAUUACCCGGCUCCUACGGGACUCACUCGGGGGUAAUGCCUGCACCCUCAUGGUGGCGUGCGUAAGCCCGUCUCACCACAGCUUUGCCGAGAGCUUAAGCGUGCUCAAGUUUGCUUCCAAGUCUCGCCGCAUUCGCCACCAUGCCGAGUUGGCAACUCCCGAACAAGACUCUGAGGAGACGUUUACUACCAUGCUGACUUCUGAAGACCCGCCGAACAAUGACAUCCAGCCUCUCAGGCAGUCAGGGAGUCAUUCUACGCCAGAACAGGAAGUGCGCCAAAGAGAAACAUCUCCCUACUCAUCACUGGUGCAGCAGGCUGCGGAUCUCCUCGCCGAGGUCUGCGGACCAGACUCUCAAAACGACGCUUUGAAACGCAGAGUGCACGAGUGGCAGAAGAGGGCGAAGACUGCCCGCCAAUCACGUGGCAGUGAUGAUCUCAGCUGGUCCGAUGAGAGAGACUCGCCCCAUUUGGUCACCAUCGUACAGCUCAGACAGGACCUCAAGAAGUGUCAGGAGUCUCUGGAGAUGGAAGCCCAACGCGUGGCACAAAAAGAUGCCAAACUGAAACAAGUGCAAAACGAAGUGCAGGAACUCUUACGGAAACAAAACGUCCUCUUGCAGACCUUUUGUGAAGAGAAGACACAGGCGGAGCGACUGGUGGACCAGCAGAUUCUCAUUGACCGCCUUCGCUGCGACCUGAUGGCCAUGCGGGGUAAAACCACAGCGACCUCCUGCAGGGCUCACCACAGACCACACAGUGCCAGCUUGAUACGACCCAGCUGCGGACACACGCUGAUCAAUAAGAUUGGUCCCGGUUUCCCUGCCGAAUCACUGGAGAGGUUGAUGGCAACUUUUAAGAUGAGCAACCACCGUCUGCAGAGCGAGGAGGAGGUGAAGGAUUUCUGUCCUGUGCUGAGGCAAACGGCAGCGGGACAAGGUCAAGAGAGGGAAAAUUUUGUUAGUGGACUCGGCUGGACCAGCAGGCAAAAGAAAUCAUCCCUGAAAGAAAAGUGCUUCGCUCUGGACCAACCGCCAAAGCAAAUGACUCAGCAGGCCACUUGGACCAAGCGACAAGCCGUUGAGCCCUGUGUCACGAAAGACACGAGGCAGAGAGCCAGCCUGAUCCAGAGGAGGAUCCAGAUGUUGUCAGCAAGCAUGUGCUUAAAAGAGGAGCUCGUUGAAGAGAUGGAAAAAACGGAGAAAGAAACGCUGGCGGCAGUCCGACGCGAUGCGGGCGACCAGCGAGAAGACGCCGAUCUGGCCUGGCUGUCGGAGCAGAGCCGACAGGACCGCUUGGCACUGCGUCACAGCCUGCAGCACAUGGAUCUGCAGAAGGCGCAACUGCAGAGGAGCCUCAGGCGGCCCAGCCCGGAGAGCAGCGACAACUCUGCAGAGUCAGAGCCGGACAAGGUGGACAGUGUUCUCGAAAGCAGAAACAAACUGUGGCCAAAGGAAAUGGCGCUUGAGCCUUGUUGGCUGGAUGAGGCCGAGGAGCUGGAGCUGCAGAGGAGAGCAACUCAGCAGGAACUGAAUGAGGAACUCAGCAAGAGCGAGGAGGUGCGCCGGCGCAGGGAUGCGUGCCUGCGGCGCAAGAACGCACUGGAGACGGAGAGACUGCGCGCCAGUCAGGUUUUGAGUCAGGACCUGCUGCGCGUGUCAAUGCGCUUGGAAACACUGGAGGAGAAGAUUGCAAAUUGGUCCAAGCCGGCAUCCACAACAGAGCUGGAGAUUGAGAAAGAGAUGCUGAGAAAGAAGAGAGACUGCCUAGAUUCACAGCUCAAGGACAGCGCGCUCCUCACUUUGGAGGAGGAACAAUUGGAAGAAGCUGUGCAAGUCCUGGAAGCAGAGCUGGACUUCAAGCAGCGAUCCAUCCAGGACAAGCAGGAGAAAGUGCGGGGCUCGGCGCUAGGCAACAGUGCACGCGUCUCCGACGUCACCGAGAAGCUGAGGGCACUCUCGCAAUCCCAAGCUUCCGAGCUGCUUGUCAAAUAUUUCAGCAAAGUGGUGGACCUUCGGCAAACGCAAGCUUGUUUGCGUUUGUACUGUGAGGAACUGGAGAUUUACUGUGCGGAGCAGGAGGAAGCCCGCGCGGAGCUGGAGGCCGCUGUGCACAACUUGGCCUGGGACGCCGACUGCAGGCUCACCCAGCAGCAGCAGGAACACCACAGGAACAUCCGCUUCCUCCUCCGCAAACUCAAAGAGGGCACUUCAUCAGGAGAAGCAGAGGAGGCGUUCAAGAAGCGUCUGCAGAACCUGGAGAAGGAAUUGUUCUUUUACAAGCACUGCAGCCGCAAGCUGAGGAAGCAGCUCAAAGAGUCCCAGUGCGCCGACCAGAGUCCCCACGCCGAGGAAACUCCCCCGGAACUGAACGGGUCGAAAGACCCCAAAAGAUUCUCUCGCCAGCAAAGCCCAUCUUCAUCCUCGUCGUCAGCCGAGAACGCCAAGCCGCCCGCCGAGCACCAGAUAGGUGCGAUAGCCCGUUGUCAUGGUUACAGCGAGCGCCGUCCGCCUCCCCCCCACGGGUCGCGGGCCACCGUCGGGCUGCGUCGCAGGAAGCUGAGAGACCCGGCGGGGCCGGCGCGGGACUCCGUGGUGGAUACCGGCAUCGAGAUGUUGUCGGACGACUCGCUGGAAGCAUCCACCGGCAGCGAAACGCCUGACUUUGUGGCAAUGUGAGGUCAGUGGGCUUUUACUCAUGUUUUUACAAUUGUAUUUUGUCAGCUAAAAAACUCAACAUCGUAUUAAGGUCAGGUCAGGAUUAUUGUGAAAUUGUUGUCAUUUUAUGAGAAGAAAAUCUUUGUUGUAAUACAUUAAUUUAACUGACUUCAUUUUCAUAAGUGACUUUGUUUUUUAGAUUUUGUCGUAAUCAGAGAAAACUAUAAUAUGCAACAAUAAUUCAUAAUAAUCGUUUUGAUUACAUUUUUGUUUUACUCUAAUAGUCAUGGUUUUUAUUUGA